GCGUGGAGUAGGAAAAUAAAGACAAAUUGGUGGCGCUGUUCAUAUUGAGGAACGCGUUUGCAUUCAUUUUGCUUGCUUGUGGUUUCGUCUAGUAGUUCGGAUCAAAAUGUCACACACAAUCUUAUUAGUGCAGCCUGGUAGAAAACCUGAAACGAGGACGUAUUCUGAUUAUGAAACUGUCAAUGAGUGCAUGGAAGGUGUGUGCAAGAUAUACGAGGAGCAUUUGAAGAGAAUGAACCCAAACAGUCCAUCGAUUACGUAUGAUAUCAGUCAGUUGUUUGACUUCAUUGACCAGCUUGCAGAUCUUAGCUGUCUGGUCUACCAGAAAUCCACAAACACAUAUGCUCCUUACAACAAAGAUUGGAUCAAAGAAAAGAUUUAUGUACUGUUAAGAAAACAAGCUUCAAACUAAAGAAAAGAUGCAAGAUUUUCUGGGAUAUGGGGGUGCUUUUGGAAUUUUUAUUUAGUAAUUUCUUAGUUUAUUUAAUUCAGGUAUUGUUUUGUAGAUUACCGUUAUACAUGUUAUUUUUUCUAUUCAUUUUGGCUAUUCAUGGAGGCUUUCAGCAGGCAACUUAUUAAAGGAGUCUCUUAAAUUUGCUUUGUAGUAUACAAACUACAGAUUCAGUGCAAGGCAUAUGUGAGUUCUUCUGUUCUGUUCUGUUCUAUAUAAAUGUACCAGUAGUUAUAGGUUUAGUAGUGGUGUACAACUCAAGACACAUUAAGUUCUUAAGAAAAUAGCAGUUUAAUACAUGCAUUCCUCAGUAAAUUUUACUCAACAACAGAAAUCUGCAUGAACAUUGAUUAUGUACUGCAACAAAUUGAAUUAUUAUCGAUUGCAGGAAUCAAAGACUUGUGGUUCUAUUGCAGACUGCUAUAAAUUAUAAAGGUUCUUGGGUCUUAUGUUGACAACAAAUCAUGGUGUGUGAUAUACUAGGUAAUUCUUCCCUCUUGUUGGAAACUGUCAUGUUAAGCAAUGACUUCAUUUUAAACCUUUAUAAUCAUGCUCCUAUACUGUUGACAUAUAUUUUAUCUAUCAAAUAUUCGUUUUUUGAGAAAUAAAGUUUUCACA